AUGCUACCACAUUCCUUGUUCUAUCGAUACUUCUCUAAUUUUGGAGAGGUGGAUAAAAUUCUGAUAUUUGAGAAGGGCAAACUAUGGAAAUGCUUUGUUGAGAUGGCCACUUUAUAAUAAGCGAGGUUUUCUUAGUAAUAAUUAAAUGGAUGUUAAUUGUAUGAUUAAACAAUCAUGAAUGUUUAUUAUUCGACAUUGUAGAAUGUCACCUUCCUCAACAAUAAUUCAGGGGGUGUAGAUUACAAAUCGAUUAGACAGGGAAAUUCUACAAAAACCACUAACAAUUAUGAGCAUGACUAUCAUUCCAAAACAUUUAGUUAACCUACUAUAUUCUAGCAUUAAUAAGAUAUCAAAUAAAGUUUUGUCGGUAUCUGGAAUGAAGGAACGAGGGCUAGCUUAAACGAUAAAUAUGAACUAUAGGAAUAAAAAAAUGAAUGGGAACCUUCAAGAAUAUUAACUUCGCUGGAAUUUAUUGAUGAUGGAGAUUCUCCUAGAUACAAUCAGUUUUCAUCCUACAAAUCUAUUUAAUGUGAUGAUAAUGAACAUGAUCCCAUCGACGAAGACAUAAUGCUUGCAUUUUCAUCUGAAAAAAAUAUAUAUCUGAAUUCCUACAUGUUUUCCAUUCCAGAAGUAGAAGAUAAAACAAAAAACCAAGACAUAGAUCCAUAUACUUAUGUAUCACCUUAAUUUCUUAGAGAAAAUUAGCCCUCUAAAGUAGUUUAUAUAAGAGGUCUCAUUAAUUAAAAUAUUACACCAUUAAACAUUUUUAAUUUAUUGUCCAAUUUUGGAAAUGUGUUAGCUAUCAUUUAAAUUAAACAUAAAGCAUCAGCCUUAGUUCAAUUUUAGAAACUCUCCCAUGCUUAAAAUGCUUUAGAUCAUUUGAACAAUUAAGUCUUUUUUGGCUCAAAGCUUAAAAUCUUUUAUUCGAAUUACUAAGAAAUAUAAUUACCUCUACCAAUUCAAUCACCAUAGACUGUAGUGUUUGUGCCACAAAAAUCUUAAUUUAGAUUUAGUGAAUCAAAGUCAAUCUCCAUCAAUCCACCAAGUCAGACCUUACAUUUAAGUAACAUAAAAGGUAAAAUAUGUGAGGAAGAAUCUUACAUUAAGGAAUUAUUCAAAGGAAUUGGAAAUGUUUAGGCGAUUAAAUUCAUACAUAUUGAUAAAUAAAAGCACAUGGCAUUAGUAAGACUAUCAUCAUUAGAAGAAGCAUUGAAUGGAGCAGCUCUACUUCAUGGUAAGGAAGUAAUGGGCAGAAAAAUCAAUGUUUCAUUUACCAAAAGUAAAUUAUGCUGA